AUGAUUUACAAUCAACUGGCAAAUUUGAAAUUUUUUGGGGAAAUUGAUGAUGAAGAGAAAACAGGUGAGUAGAAAUAAAGGUACCAGACCAGGCCUGUGCCGGAAACUUUCCGAAUUUUCCGGUUUUUUCCCGGAAAAAUCAAUUUUCCGAUUUUCCCACGGAAAAUGUGCUCGGAAUAUCCGGAAAAUGAUCUUUAGUAGUAAUAUUUACACAUUUUCCUAAAUAUUGAGAAAUUUUUUCAGUUUAUGAUAGAAAAAAUGAAAUUUUUGGAAUUUUUUUUUCAAUUUUUCAAAUUUUACUAUUUUUUGAACGUUAAACGUCUCAAAUAGUUACUAAAUUACCUGUGAAUAGAAGAAUUGUAGAUAAAAAUUGUUGUAGUGCCAACUUAAGGCUGAAAGUCGAAAUUUCAGACUUUGAAAAAUUUUCCGAAUUUUCCGGUUCAAAAAAUCCGGAAAUUUUCCGAUUUUCCGUUUUCCGGGUUUUGAUUUUCCGGCACAGGCCUGUACCAGACGAAAACCAGACGUGGGGAAAUUGUCCUGGCCAAAAAAGCUGUCCGGUCCUUGUAACCUGGCCUAAACCUGCCCUGACUCAAACAUGGCCAAAAGCCAUAAAAACCUGUCCGGGUCCUAGCGUGAACAAAAUUUAACAGUGAAAUGUUUAUUUCUGCAUUUUUUACGGUGUCUGCGCCUUACUAAAAAGUCUUAACUAAGCCUAAGCCUAAAAUUCUUACUAAGCCUAAGCCUAACACCGUAACUAAGCCUAAGCCUAACACCGUAACUAAGCCUAAGCCUAAAACCCUAACUAUUCUUAACUCUAACGAAGCCCUAAGCCUAUGCCUAACUCCAGUGCUGAGUAUACGUCCUAGUUUAAGCCUACCUGUGGCCCCAUUCUGAAAAAUUUCAAUGGGGUCCCAUUCGUACUAAUACAAAAAUUCAACUGGGUCCCAUUUUUUGCGGGGUCCCAUUCAUCACGACGAUUUUUAAACACCGGGGUCCCAUUCAGUCAUUCGGUGUCCCAUUUGGGAGUCCGAUUCAUUAUUUACCGGCCAAGACAGGUAGCCAGGUUAGGCACGCGAACCUGUCUAGACUUAUGUCGUACCACCCAAAACCAUGGUCCCCACCCCUGACCAAAACACAUCCUAAUUCAGGUAUUUCAAAAGACUGUGAAGGCUAUAAAAACUACACAACAUUCGAUAAAAUGGAUUAUCAACAAGCCAGUUGUUUCCUAAGAGCAAUAUUUAUCCCAUAUCUAUUCUUCUUCUACAUGUUUUUCUCUGGAAUACUUCUAAUUAAUCUCCUAACCGCUCAAUUAACAAAAGAAUAUGAUGAGAUUUGCGAAAACAGUAAAUAUUACAUGGAUUAUGUGAGAUACGAAUACACAUCGAAACUCGAAUCCAAAAAAUUUCCUUCCACCGCCACUUUCACUGGUUUACAUCGUUAUCAAAACGAUUUUCUGUAUUCCGUGUGUAUCAUUUCGAUUGUCCGAAUUUUUCGAGGGCACCGAAUUUGGAGCGUAUCGUUGUGAGAAUCUCGUGGAGGAUGACGUGGAAGAUGUGUGCAAUAAAGCGAAGAAUAUAGUUCGGAAUGAUAUGUGUCUAUUUUGGAAGGAUCUCAAUAAAACGGUGAAGAAUGCUGCCGAAAAAUAUGAUAUAACUUUGGAGAAUUUGGAGAAAAUUCAGGAUGAGUUGGAGAAUGUUAUCAAAAUGUAUAGUGACAAAUUGCGACCGCAGACAAGAAUUGGACAUAGACAAACUCUAGAUUAUCAAGGUGAUCAAUCACCAAUGCCUAUUGUGGAUUCAAUAGAAAGGUAGACAUCGAGCUUGAUUCUGAUUCUGAGUUUUGGGUUUUUUCAGACUUUCGAGCUCAAAUGUAAUGGAAGCUCCCAGGUUUGUGGCUGGAUCAACAAUUGAGGAUAAUAACUUUCGUCGCCCAUCUGUUAUGAAUUUUGAAUCACAGAAUAAACCAAAAUUUUCGGUUGGAUCAACUGUUGAAAAUGAUGACUCUCGCAGUCCAUCUGUUCAAAUUCCAGUGGAAUCAGAGACUUCCGAAUCGCACGGUCUGCUCCAAAACGAUGAAUCAAAUGUGCAAACAUGGUUUUCCGGAUGCACAAUUUCAUAA